GCGGGCGGCCGUCUACGCCCGACCUCACUCCCAAAACUCCGCACAAUUUAUGAUGAUCCCGCUUAAAAUCAGCAACAUGCUGAGCUUGCUCUUGAUGAGCAUACUGUGGGGCGCAGCAAGCGCUACCGAGGAGUGCGAGCGCGCUCCGUCCCACGCGCAGCCGGCAGACGCCUUCUACCGCUUGGGGAUAGCCGGGGAGCCGGACCUGUUCUUGCCAGGAGAACUUUAUACCGUCUCGCUUCAAGGAGUAGACAGUGGACAAGGUUCCACUCCAUUCGUAGGUUUCAUGAUCUGGGCCGAAUUAGACGAGGAGCAAAAAAAUGAAAGUCUAGACAACUUGACCACCAAUCAGCAGCAGCACCUGGGCUCGUUCCAGGCGUACGAUGCGCAGACUAAGCCGCAUGAAUCGUGCAAGCCUGCUGUUGAUAAUGCCACUGCCCAUCCUAAAACUGAGAUACAGGUUAUUUGGAGUGCACCUAUGAAAGCAGGUGAGGUUUGUGUGCGACUAUGCGCUCGUGCUUCUCCAGCUACAAUGGCGGUAAAGGAAGGGGUUACAGGACCUACCGUAGAGACAGUAUCUGCAGGAGCAGAUAGUUCUACUAUCCAACGCAGUAUACUGGCGCGGAAGAUUUGCGCUGCCCCGGCUGCUCCUGCAAGCUUCGCAAGGCAGCCGCCCAUUGUGGAGCCCUGCUGUGCUUGUGAUGAGGCAAAAUAUGAGGUGACAUUUGAGGGUCUCUGGUCUCGGAACACGCAUCCCCAUGAGUUCCCACCAGAGACGGCACAGGCGCACUUUGGUGACGUAAUCGGUGCAUCACACACCGCUCAGUACCGCGUGUGGCAAGAGGGACGCAUCGCCAGCGCGGGCCUGAGAAAGCUCGCUGAGGACGGCACUACCACUAUGCUCGAAAAGGAACUCAAGGCUGAGAGCGAUCGCAUCCGCACAAUAAUCAAGGCUCGAGGCAUAUCUUGGCAACAAAUUUCCGGAGCUGGCAUCCCAAACACUUUCGCCGUGUUCCGUGUGGAUGCCAAGAAUCAUCUGGUGACGCUUGCCUCGAAGUUGUGGCCGUCUCCAGAUUGGAUCGUGGGCGUUUCGGCCUUGGAGUUGUGCAAUGCUAACUGCACCUGGUCUCAUUCUGCUACCUUGCCGCUGUAUCCUUACGAUGCAGGGACAGAUAGUGGUAUCACUUACACGUCCCGUCGUUCUCCGACGCUGCCCCCUUCCCCGGUACGUGCCCUGCGGCCUGAUUGGCCACGCGACCCUCGCUCACCAUUCUACAGCGCGACGGGCGAGAUGAAGCCCUUCGCUAGGCUCCGGCUCACGAGGCUACAGCUCUUUGAAAAGAACUGCGAUGCAGCUAGACACUACGUCGUCCCGCGCGCGCACAAGCGCUGCCACAUCGGCUUCCGAGCGCGCACCAUCACCAGCCAGGCCAUGCCGUGUGACGCUGGACCUUGCCACAAGCCUCCCAGUCAGGCGAACGCUACCAAUCACGAUUGGUUCUUUGUGGACGAGCCCAGCUGGCCAUGCAAGGUUACGACGUGGGGCGAGUGGUCGCCGUGCUCCGCGCGCUGCGGGCGCGGGCGGCGGCUGCGCACACGCUUCUACCUCAACCCGGACACUAACGUGCAGGGAGAGCUCACGCGCCGCCUCCUAAAUAGCUGGAACCGCCGGUUCGCUGAGCUGCAGCAGAUCCGCACGCGCUUCUACCUCAACCCCGACACUAACGUGCAGGGAGAGCUCACGCGCCGCCUGCUCAACAGCUGGAACCGCCGGUUCGCUGAGCUGCAGCAGAUCCGCGCUGCGGGUGCGGUGCGUACGCGCUUCUACCUCAACCCGGACACUAAAGUGCAGGGAGAGCUCACGCGCCGCCUGCUCAACAGCUGGAACCGCCGGUUCGCUGAGCUGCAGCAGAUCCGCACGCACUUCUACCUCAACCCGGACACCAACGUGCAGGGAGAGCUCACGCGCCGCCUGCUAAAUAGCUGGAACCGACGGUUCGCUGAGCUGCAGCAGAUCGUGAGUGAUGGGGGCCUUAAGCAUUAA